CGGACAGUCUAAGCGGUUGCACUCUGCUGUCAUUGGCCAACAUGGCGUCCGGAUACAUACUAAAUCGUGGUGUGCUAACGUUGGGAAUUCAUUGCCAGCGUGUUUGCAGAAACGUGUCAUUAUCUCAGGUUAGAGAGAAGAAGCGAUGGAUGAAGGCGUACACCUACCUCAUGGCCAAGAAGUUAAAGCUGGAAGGACCCUCGCCACCGAAGCCGAGGUCUCAACAGCCUCACUGGGAUCACCACGCCGAGGUUCAGGCGUUCAGCAGCCGCCUCCACGAGAACUUCUCCCUUGAGGUGCUGAAGACGGCCUUCAUCAAUCCGUGUUACCUGCAGGCGGAGCACAGGAGGAGACAGGGGCUGGCCGUGGGAGCCGAGGCCACAGCCCUUGCUCUGGAAGAUAAUGUUCAGCUCCGUGAAAGGGGAGAGAGCUUCACCAGGAGCUUCCUGACCGACUGGUGCAGGGCCAGCUUCCCGGUCCUGCCGAGUGACGGGGUGGAAAGCGUCGCGGGGCACCUCGCCGGUUCGGAAGUUGUGACCUACGUAGCGAGAAAUCUUGGCGUUGAUGACUUGGCCAUGAGUGCGGACUGUCCUGUUCCCGACGACGUGCUUCAUUCCACGUUCAUGGCGGUGGUUGGAGCUCUACUGGAGAGCAGUGGACCAGAGAGAACUGGAUUGUUCCUCAGGGAUUUCCUGGGCCCUCAGCUGAUCGGGAAGGACCUGUUUGAUAUGUGGACAGUAGUCAACCCCAUGGGACUGUUGGUGGAGGAGCUUACUAAGAGGAACGUUGCGCUGCCGGAGCCUCGCCUCAUCAGGGCGGCUGGAGCCAGUACUGUCCUGCCACUAUACUUUGUUGGCCUGUACAGCAACAAGAAGCUUCUGGCUCAGGGUCCAGGAGAGACACUUGCAGCAGCUGAGGAAGAGGCAGCUCGAGUGGCCCUCCGGAUACUCUACGGCUACACCGAGAACCGCAGACCCCUUGACUUCUCUCCACUACAACAGCAUCAGCAGCCAUUAAUUCAAUCAAUUAGCAGCAACUAAUGACCUAUCAAUACCUAAUAGAACAGCGGAAAUUAAUUUCAUCGGUUCGGGGCAAUUAGACAGGAAAGUAGCAUGAAUCUACUGAAGAGAUCAUUUGAGAUAAAGCACAUCUCAUUUGUGGACAACAAAGUUAAGGUAAAUUAUGUCACCAUGUACCUUUUUUUUUUUUUAUUUGUUUUAUUGGAUAGAAGUCCAAUUUAUCAAAAUUAGGUGAUUUGAAAUGAGAGCAAAAUAAACCUGCCGUUCAUGUUAAAUGUGACUAUGAUGUAAGAUCAAGGCUAUAACUUUUACCAGACAGAAAUCAAAGCCUUUAAAAAAAAAGUGGUGACGUUCAAGAGUAAAGUCCUGUAUCUUUCCUUGACUAAUGACCUAUUGGUUCAGCAGUCCAUGGCACACAAUGGCCAUCAUAUCUGGUUGUAUAAAUGCCAUUUGGUUUACUUAAUAAUCUGUUUGACUAUAUUAAAAGUAAUAACUGUCUACA